GUGACGUCACUGGCAUUUCCAAGAUGGCUUUAAUUCAGGGUCGGGGCAUAGAGAGAGCUAGUGAGCAGAACUCUCGCUUUUAAUCUCGAAAGUCUUGGUUUUUGGAGUGGUGCCGUUUAAAACGGUACUAGUUUACUUUCAGAUAUAGCACACGGGUCGCGUUUCAGGAGAGGGGGAGGUUUUCCGCCAUGGUAUGUGAGGAGGAAGUGCUAAGUGUGCUAGCGCUGCGGCCAGCUCGGCACUGUUGUUAUGGAGCCGAGUGAAGGCUGGGAACGGGACCAGGAACCGAGCCGAGAAGAAUGGAGCUGUGGCAGACCUGCUUAGAUGUAGACGGAAUCUGCGGGUAAAGCUAGGCGUUCGUGGGUAAAAGUGGAUAAAAGCCGAGGCGUCUCAGAGAUCAGUGGGACAUCAGCGGCACAGGGACCGGCUCGCGCAGCCGCCGUUGGAAACGCUCCCGGUCAUGCGGUCGUUAACGGACGCGCCGAGUCACAGACGGAGCUGAUGGUCGCGUCAGCCGAGGAAGGCAGACCAACACCCUCCGCCGCUCAUGUUACGGAAAAACGAGGAGAAAUGGACGGACCGGACCCACAGGAGGACAACUUCCGGCACGGCAGCGGAAGCGACAGCCGCGCGACGCGACACGAGAGCGAUCAGGACGGUGCGCGCGACGCGAUCAAGCUCCCCAACGGUCACGUGAGCUGCCCGUGCGACGCGUCCCAAAACUGCUCGUGCACCGACGUCCUGGAGAACGGGGAACUGCCCUCAGAGGCUGAUGGUGAACCGUCUACCAGUUCGCUCUCAUCUGCCCUCAGACCUCAGUCAGGUCACGUGAGCCCACAAGAUGAUGAUUAUGAUGGUGAAGAAGAACAAGAAGUGCCCAAGGUUUCAAGGUCAGGUCAUAGGUCAGCAUCAUCCUCAUCAUCCAGCUCAGAGGCUGUGGAUAGGACUCGGGAAUCCUCCAACGACUGCUUAUCGGAAGCCGAGCCGUGCUCCUCCCGGACUCUCUCGAGCCCCGAGGACAGCGAGUCCUGCACGGACCCGUCGUUUGUGGACGUGAGCCUGGGCUCGAGGAACACGUACGAAAUCAGCCGGCGUCAGAGCGCCCCGGAUAACGUGGCUGAUGUCGCCGAGCCGGCCCUGAGACAGAAGAAACACGGCAUCUCGGAGAUCUUCGGCAGGAGCCUGUUCUCCAGAAAGCAGAAGGAGUCGUCUGCAAGCGCUCCCGGCUGGAAGCUGUUCGGGAAGGUCCCGCCGAGAGAGAGCCCUCCCAAAGACUCUAAAACCAUCCAACAGGAGAGUAACCCAGGCAGUCUCACGUCUGUUUCAACUCCCAAUCUAUUAAGCACAGGGGAAUACGAGGCCAAGGCUGGUAAAGAAGCCCAUAGUCCAUUGCAGCCCACUCACGGACGACGUAAGAACCUGGAGUUUGAACCGCUGUCCACUACAGCACUCAUAUUAGAAGACCGGCCAGCUAACCUUCCAGCUAAAUCCGAAGAGGAAGCUCAGCGCCACCGGCAGGAAUACGACGAAAUGGUGGCAGAGGCCAAGAGACGAGAGAUGAAGGAGGCCCAGAAGAAGAAGCAGCAGAUGAAGGAGCGCUUCAAGCAGGAGGACAGCAUCGUUAAUGCCAUGGUGGUGUGGAACACCGAGGUCCUACCAAACUGGGACAGCAUGCGCGGCACACGUCGGGUUAAAGAUCUGUGGUGGCAGGGACUUCCUCCUAACGUCCGUGGCAAAGUGUGGAGCCUAGCGAUUGGCAAUGAACUCAACAUCACGUCGGAGCUGUACGAGAUCUUUCUCUCCCGGGCUAAGGAGCGUUGGAGGAGCUUCAAAGAGAUGGGCAGCGAUAUCGAGGCAGAGGCGGACAGCGGGGCAUCACUGGCCGAUCGAGAAUCCAGCCUGGAUCUGAUCAAGCUUGACAUUUCCCGCACCUUUCCCUCUCUGUUCAUCUUUCAGAAGGGAGGACCGUACCAUGAUCUCCUGCACAGCGUGCUUGGGGCGUACACCUGCUACCGGCCUGAUGUAGGAUACGUGCAGGGCAUGUCCUUCAUCGCCGCGGUGUUAAUCCUGAACCUGGAAGAGGCAGACGCCUUCAUCGCCUUCGCCAACCUCCUGAACAAACCGUGUCAGAUGGCUUUCUUCAGAGUCGACCACGAGCUGAUGCUGAAGUACUUCGCGGCGUUCGAGGUGUUCUUUGAGGAAAAUCUGCCAAGGUUGUUCAUUCACUUCCAAAACUCCAACCUCACACCGGACCUCUACCUGAUAGACUGGAUUUUCACCCUCUACAGCAAGUCCCUCCCGUUGGACGUGGCGUGCCGCGUGUGGGACGUGUUCUGCCGAGACGGGGAAGAGUUCCUAUUCCGGACUGCGCUCGGGAUUCUGCGCCUGUACGAGGACGUGCUCGUGCACCUGGACUUCAUCCACAUGGCGCAGUUUCUCACGCGUCUGCCCGAGCACGUCUCCGCCGAGCGUCUCUUCAGCGCCAUCAACAACACGCACAUGACCAGCAGCAACCGCAAGUGGGCUCAGGUCUUCACUGCACUAAUGAAGGACAAAGAAUCAGACAAAAGCGGCAGCCCUACCCUGAAAAGCUCCUGACACCUACAAGCUCCACCUCAGUCUCACGUCUUCGCGUUGUCUUUUCUUCUAAAGUCAUAAUCAUGCCCAGGACGACGAAGCGAAAGCGAAACGGCGUAGCAUGAAGACUGGCGUCGAACCGGAAUCUCUCAGAAAUGAUCCGCAGUAUUACAGACGUGCUUAGUGAUUAGAUAUAGGUAUAAACGUGCAACACAUCUGGAAGUUUCUGGAAAAUGUGUUUCAAUACAAGGCACACACACACACACACACACACA